GGUCUCCGCGGCAGAAGGAUAACUCAAACCCGGCGAGCUGCCGUGACCAGCGACGGCUGAACACAACAAAAAAAGUUCUCUCCAGCCCAACUUAUCUACCUCAAGUAGGCUUAGCGUACGAACCGUUCGCUUUCGUUUUCGAAUUUAUAAGAAUAAGAAAUUAAAUGUGAUCCUGGACUUUGGUGAUUCUUUCCGUGUGACAAAUAAGCAGGUGCAGACAAUAAUAUUUUUACCCAGCAUGCCGUUGCGGCAGCCAUGUUCCAAUGGAUCUUUUGUGAAAGUGAAGUAGCACGUCUGGGAUUUUGAUACGAUUGCAUAAGAUUUAGCACAUGUGAGGUAAAAGAAAAAAAAAAAGCAAAAGUCGAUGAAAUGUCACGCAGGAAACAAGAGAAGCCGCAGCCGAGGAAAAACAUAAUUAAAGGUGAAGCGGACUCGGUGGAUAUUCUGACAUGCGGUGUUUGCAGGAAGGACUUCCCUCUCGCGGACAUCGUCCGCUUCAUCCAGCACAAAGUUCAGCUGUGCAACAAAGAGAACUGCCUCAACAUCUACGAGGACAGCGAGGACAGCCUCGAUCCAGCUGUCCUCGCUGCAACCGCCAUCAAGAGUGAAGAGGUGGACACCCAGAACGAGGACUCCCUCGUCUCGUCUUCCUCUCUCCUCAGAAAAAACUUAACAGCCAAAGAUACCUCCGCCAAUACAAAUGGCAAUAACCUAGAGCCACGCUCUUACAUAUGUUCGACGUGCAAGCAGAGCUUAACAUCAGCAUGGUCGCUGAUACUCCAUGUCCAAAACCUCCAUGGUCUCAGCAUUUGUGUGGACUUGAAUUCUUCAAACGACGAAGCAUUAGAAAAACCUGUUGAUACUUCAUCCGCCCUGCAUCACUCUUUCGGUCUUCGAGCCCCACUUUUAGAACGCCAAAUAGACCCUGUGCCCCUCUUUCCCCGCAACUCUAGUCAGGAACUGCGUCUAGAUCUCAUCGGAAAGUCUUCCACGAACGGUCCAAUUCCUUCUAUCACAUCUCCUCCACUCUUAGAACCCCCUCAGCUUUCCAACUGUGAACCCAUGCAAGAUUUUUAUUCCCAGAGGCUGAGGGUUUUGGCCGGAGCUACAAGUCCAAAUACCUCAUCAACGCCUCGAAAGCUCCUUCAGCCUUCCUUUAAAGCAAUCCUCAACAAUACGAAGACGAGUCCCCGUGCUUCCACACCUCCCGAGUCAUCUUCGAGCCCUCCUGAAAAAUCACAGUGCAACACUCUAAAUUCCUCUGCCUCGUCUACCACGAGUGAUCAUAAGCAGUCUCCUUCUGCCAAAAAUAGACUUUGUGAGUAUUGCGGCAAGUCAUUUCAGUUUAAAAGCAAUCUCAUCGUGCACCGAAGAUCACAUACGGGAGAGAAACCAUUUAAGUGCCACAUUUGCAAUCACGCUUGCACUCAGGCAAGCAAGCUCAAAAGACACAUGAAAACUCAUAGGGGCAAAAACUUGCCCACCGACAAAACACCACAAUCCACCACGGAGAAAGAUCGCAACAACGAAGAGAGUAAGGGUUCGAAAAAUACUUCGAACGACAAUAAAGCGAAAAAUAAUAGUGAUAAACAUACGAAUGGCGAUGGCGAUUAUGGCUCCGAUGAUGGAGAUGAUGAAGAGGUAGACGUAGAGGAAGAGGAGGCAGAGGACGAGGAGGAAGUCAACGUUGACUGCGUCGAAGAUGACGAUUGUCCGAAAGAAAAUGGCGAAGGAAAUUUAGUCAUUGAUCAGUCUCAUGACGACGAUGAGGCCAUGGUUGCAGAAGACCUGACAAAGAAACCUCUGAACAACGGCAUCGGAUCCGGCAAGAACGGAGACGCCUUGAAAUCUGAAUCGUAUGAUAAAUUAGCUGUUAAGCAGUCUAUAGUCAGCGAAUUCAUGGAAAAGAUAGGAUUUGCCCGAAUACCUCAGUACAAUGAAGCCUAUAAACAAGCCCUCAAAGAAAGUUCAUAUCGGAAUUCUAUCAAAGAAGAACGCUGCUCCUCGGGUACCGACGGCAGUGCAUCUAAUGAUGCCACCAGUCACCACAGCUACGACGUCUUGCCUUAUCACGUGGAAAGACCUCCUCGUGAUGGCAGUCGUAGCGCCGGACAGUCUCCGCUCAACUUCUCGUCCGGAAUGUUAGUCGGCCUUGAUCAUUCGCUCAAUACGAAACGCAUGCGGUUGGAUGAACAGUGGAAGGACAAAGAACGAGAAGGGAACUUAAUGUAUGCUGGUGUUUGGUACCCGCGGAUGGAGCAGCAGGUGAGGUCGCUGAGAGAAGUGUACAACUGCGACGACGGUGCUACACACCACAACAAGAAGUCAUCUUCGGAAAGUGCCUUCAAUCCUGGCGAUAACGGCCGGACCUCUAUGAGCCCGCUCCCAGGCCCGAGCUCUGCCCUCGCCAUCUGUCUCGGUAAACCCAAAGAUCAGCAACAGCGCAGAAACGACACUUGCGAAUUUUGCGGCAAAGUGUUCAAGAACUGCUCAAACCUGACUGUCCACCGUCGCUCGCACACGGGCGAAAAGCCCUACAAGUGCGAGUUGUGCAGCUAUGCUUGCGCCCAGAGCUCCAAGCUGACUAGGCACAUGAAAACGCACGGCAGACUUGGGAAAGACGUGUACCGGUGUCGGUUCUGCGACAUGCCUUUCUCGGUUCCGAGCACUCUCGAAAAACACAUGCGCAAGUGCGUCGUCAGCCAGAGUGGGGGAUCGCCCUAUGUCAUGUCCGAGAGGGACUCGGACUCCAAAGAAAUGACCACUUAAACCCCCUAAGUCACAUAUGGCAAGGAAACAUUGGAGCAUUUGUCACCCUAAACACCAAGAUUUUAAGACUAAUGAAUUACAAUUGUCGGAUGUAGAAACAAUAAUUAUUCACCCGGUAAUGAAGUCCCAGUUAAAAAUUGCGUUUUACGAAGAAUUUUCAUGUUUUUUUUUUUAAUUCAAAUAUUAUUGCCUGUAAAAGAAAACCGAUAAAUAAUUUAUCUCCUAAGAAAGCUUUUGAAGCAUUACAUAAAAUUCAAUUUCUGAAAUGAAAUUUAUUAUUUAAAUAUAAUUAAGGAAAAUUUUAUUUUUUAAUUAUUAUUUUUCUAAAGAAUGUAUUUGAAAUUAAUGCAGUUUUAUUAUUUAAAAUAUCAUAUCGGUUAUUUUUUAAUUCUCAUUGUGCUUUCUUUGGGUUUGUUCCCACAAAAAAUUUCAGAAUUCAUUCAAAUUCCUCCAAACACAGAUAUGGAUCUCGAACAUGUGCGCCAAAUGUUCCUUUGGCGAAUGUAGAAAGAACAUGUGCGCCAAAUUUUCCUUGCCAUCGAUAAAACGCUCAAACGUUUUUAUCCAUUAUGUAGAAAGUUGUUAUUUAUCAUUUUGAAGUCCCGAGACAUAACUUUUUUUGUUCUAAAGUCUGUACUGAUUUCUAUGUCCAAGACCAUGGUAUUAAGAAACUUCUGUAGAAAACUUUUUACUUUGAACAUUUACAAAAAUUCUGUGGUGCCAAAAAAAAGGAGUGUAUGUUUCUUGUUAUUGAAUGGAUAAAAAACUGAUACAUUUUACAAAUUUCUUUCAAAGUUAUGGCGUACUUAUCAAGACAGGCUCGGUUCCGGAGGACGAUUCACAGAUUGCGCUAUUUUGUAAAUUCAGCUUUUAAGGGUCAAUUUUUUUUAAAAAAAAAAUCGUUUUGAGUAUUGCUAUUAGAAAUCUGGUAUGAUUUUUGUGUUUUUUGUUACGUGUUUACAUUUAUCUUGUGUUAUGUAUUAGCUAAUUCCCACCUCAGGAAUAUAGGUACUUAGAAAAUAUUUAAAUUUACUGCUUGUAUAAGGAAUGGUUCUAAUAAGGAAUCAAAGUAUGUCAAUCACUUCGGAUCAUCACAAUAUCUAGAAGUGAAGAUUUUUUUAAAAACUAUCCGAACUAAUAUAUUCGUUUACAAUAAAUAGCUUACCAAAAAAAUUGGUUCGUUCAAUAUUAAUAACCAUCUAAAUGGUUCGGUUCACUUCAUUUUCUUAACACUACGAUAUACAGCUGCAUUAUCUUUAAAUGCAAUAUUGUGGUACUUAUUUGAAGUCCGAUUUGUUUGCUGCGUCCAUAUUUAUCAAUAAAAGUUACUUAACAGAUUUUUGGUUAAUGUUACUGUUUAUAGUUUAUUGUUACUGUCAUUCGAUCAUAGCUGAAAAUUAUGAGUCCCAUUAUUGCUCUCCAGGAUAAAUACUUCAUUGUAAUUAAUCAUUGAAAUUAUCUCGCUAGAAAUUAUAUAUAAGGGAAUUAACUUUUAAAUGUUAAAGUCAAUGAAAUAAUGCGUAUUUGUGUAAGUUUUUGAAACAAUCUUCACUUCUAGAUGGCUUUUACAUCAUUCUACAAUAUAUCAUAACAAGAUUAAUGAUGCGCUGAAAUGAAGUUACCCACAUUAAAAUCUCUCCAAUCUAAAUAAUUGUAAAUACAUUGUGAUGUCUUCAUGUGAUGAUGCUCUAAUCCACCUCAUUGUCUAUCAAUUUUGUGCGAGCUUUAGAAGUCGGACGCAAAAAGAUGUGAUAUUAAAUGCGUAACCUCAAACCGAUGACAAAUUUUACAUCCAUAAGUAUUUUAAAGGAGGAGCCGUGGCUUCGCCAGAUUGGCUCCAUACAGUAUUAUCAUGCCGAGAUAUGAAACGGUAUUUAGUUGCCAAAUUAGAAAUAUGCUAGGAAAUAUCUCUAUAGAGAUAAGUUAUUUUUCUUCCCGUUGUUCGAUUAGUUACGGCAGCGGCAGUUAGUGAGUUUAUACAUGUCUUUACCUCCAUAAGAGAAAAAUUGCUAUAAGCACAGAGUUAGAACCCAUGUUAAGUGAGAAAAGUGUAGGAAUGCUACAUUGUUAGAGUUGAAUGAAGGCGAAAAAUAUUCUCUUGGUGGAGGAAUUUCUCAUCAUGCAUGAAAAAAAAAAUUAAUUUCCCUCGAAUCAUAUUAUUAUACUAUCCUUUGAUUGCUAUCAGGACGAAAGCUGGCAAGGCUUAGCCACCAAACUGAAUAUUGAAAUUGUUUUAAAAAAACGACUUUUACAGUUAUGCAUGAGAGCGUUGAAUCAUUCUUAUUAGUACUUAAUAAUCCAACAAAUUUAGAGCUAGGUCCUGGUAGCAAUGGAAGUGUGUAUUUUGUUUAAAGAUGACCAACAAUAAAAUGUAUGUGUUCUAGCAUUUUACAGUAAUUAAUACUUUUCUUCAUCUUAAUCAUUGAUAACUUAAAAGCUGUAAAUCUUGAAAAGUAAUAUUUUAAUUAAAUUGAUUUCCUCUUUCAUACGUAAAACAUAUUUUUGGAAGUCUUGGACUUUCAAAAUUAAUCUGUGUGUUUGACUAUAUGUUUACAAGAAUAUAUAAAAAGCCCUUUAAGCUUCAGAUAACUCUUCCCUUGUGAAUGUAUAUUACUGUUUUGUAUAUAUCCAAGUGCCUGUGCUAAACGUUGAUUAGAAGCGUUUUGUGGUUAAAAAAAAUGUGAUUUGUUUCCCAAAUCGCAUCUAAAAGUUUUUUUGCUAUGUAUUUUAAUUUUAUAGUAUUGCACAUGACUCAGUAUUCUUACACAAAUAAUGAUUAAUGUGUAUCGUGUGUUGUUGGUUACCAUCUCUCAUGUAUACCUCAAAAAUAAGCAGGGUAUUUAGUUUAGAAGCUGAACUAAACAGUCUUUUUCUAAUUGUUAUACCAUCUAAUUCAAGUAUUUUCUCUUCUGAGAAUAUUCGAGAUUUCUUAUAUUGUAACGCGAUUUUUUUUUUCUUUUUACGAUAAAAAAAAAACGUUCAAAGAUGUAUAAAAAAGUCCUUCAUGCUGUCUCUUUCAGCUUUUGAAAAUGCCCUGCUAACAUAUUAAUAUUAGCUAUAAUAAUGAAUGACUUCAUCACUAGUGUAGUGUCUGAAGUCUACCCCAUUUCUAUACAAUCAUUUGUGGUAUGUAACUUCAAAUACAGAAGGGAAUUUUGAAUAAGCAAAUAUUGCAUUGCAGAAAUUCGAGUCGAAGUUGCUUUCAUGUUGGGUAUAAGAUAUCUGAUCAGUAAAUGAAUGUUGUUUACAUAUUAACGUUUGACAGAUUCUUACAUUAGACGCUCUUGAAUAUAGAAAGUUUGUUUUGAAAGAACAUCUUCGACUCGACGUUGCUAACGAAACAUAUCUGUGAAAAAAUUAACCUGCCAAUAAUGGAUAGGUGUGCUCAGUGUAUUUUUUGCUUGUUAUUCAUUUCACUCAAUAACCUCAGAUGAACUCAAGGGAUAAAAAUUGCUUACAUUCUGCAGCAUUCUGUGCUUUUAAUUGAUUUCGAAUGGAAGUGACGUUGUUCAAUCAUAUGUAAAUACAACGAUUUUUAUUGAAUUUUUAAAUGUUGAAGUUUUGAAAUAGAUGUAGUACCUCUGUAUUUACCAAUAACUAAUUUCACUAGCUUUAUUUAUUGAUUUUUAUACAAAAAAAAUAAUUUGUAUUAAUAUCGUUUCUGAUAAAUAUAUAUCUGUUUAAUUUUUAAGUUAAAGUUAUUUAAAUCUGGAUUUAUUUCUUAACAUUUUACUUUCAAUUCUUACUUUAUUAGCGUGUAAAGGUGUUUUUUUUUUUUUUUUUUUUUUUUUUUUUUAUCAACGUCUUUCUCUUCGAAACAACCUCAUUCUUGCAGAAUUGAAACUUCUCUACCUCUCUCUCUGCCAAUGGCUUUGGACAGUUAUUCACUCUUUACAAUUUCUAUGGAAAUUCUAAAACCUGAAGGUACCUCAUACAUGAGAAAAAUAAAAAUUUUAUUCUUAAUUCACAUACGGGUACUAUUAGGACUUUAAAGUAGUAUUUCUCAGAUUUCUUUCUUUUCUGUCAAUUGCCAGAUUUUAAAUGUUUCAUAAUAAUAAUAAUAAUAUUUAAAGAAGCUUAAACUGGAAACUGUUUGGAGGCACUGUUUUUAAAAUGAAAAUUUUGUGAUUCAAAAAUUCUAUACUAAAUGUUGAAAUAACUUAAUCUCAUUUAGAUGGCAAUAUUAAUAAUUUUAUUUUCAACUCUGUUUAAAUAAAAUAGCAAUAAUCUUUGAUAAAUUUUGUUAUACCAUCGUGUCAUUAUAAUUAUACGAAUUUCAUUCUUUAUGUAAAAUAUAUAAGCAUGAUAUUUUAGGUGAAGAUAACUUUAAAAGGACGGUGGACUCCGUUAGACACUUUUGCAUAUUAUUCACUUACGGUUGUGUCAUUUCUUAUGCAUAUGUAUUAAAAUAUAAAUAUGUUAAAUUUCAUAAAAAAAUAUUUUAAAACUAAAUAUAUUAUUUUUAAAAAAAAUUUAAAAGAUAUAUAAUUUUAAAAAAUUUUCAAAAUAUUCCAGGCGAUUUAAUUUUUAAUUUUUUUCUAUUUUUUUAUUACCCAAUUUAAAUUUGUUUGGAACAAAACUUUGCAUAAUUUUUGUAAUUCCAAUUAAAUGCUAAUUUUUUAGAAGUAUUUUUAUGCACACUUACUAAAUUUUCAUAGGAAUUUUAUUUUUCUGAACUAAAAUUGACUUUAAUGAUCUAAAAAAAGCUCCAAACAUAAAAUGCAUACGCUAUUUUCUUCUAAUGUUUGACCAAAAUCUUUAUGAUAUAUUUCAUUUAAUUUCUUCAAAAAUUAAGACAUUUGGAACAUUUCAAUUAAAAUCUAAUUACAAUAUCAUUUUGAGAAAAGUCACUAAGAUGUAAUGUACUUUUUUUUUUCUUUUAACCUUUCAAAUAUUUAUUCUAUUGAGCAACACAUUUUAUAACGCUAUUUUAGUUGAAUAUAAACAUGUAUUUUAGUGAUGAAAUGAUAAAAAUAAAAUUGUAUGUUUUCAUCCAUUUUUGCUUAUUUCAAAGUCCACUGCUCCCUUAAAAAAUAUCUACCUCAAAAGUAAAAUUUCAUUUUUCAGUGCUUUUAGCAGUUUUCAUUUUAAGAGUCUUGUUUUGGAGACAUUAACUGUUCCAACAAUUUUAGUAAACAUUUGUAACCACUGUAUGUCAUAAAGGUAACUUAUACGACACCAAAUAUGCAUAGCUAUGUUUUUAAUAACAUCAGUUUGUGAAGGUCGUUCUAAACGCUUCACCGACAAUUUAACUCAUGUUUUAAAUUUACAAAUGAGUAUUUUUUAUCUUUACUGUUUCAAAUGUACCGUUUAUUACUUGAAAAGUAUGCAAAGCAUACAACCUCAGAUGUGUAUCGAUAUGUAAUAAAUAGAAAAGAAAAAAAAAGACUACGUCUUACAAUCGUUGUACAUACCUCAGGCAGUCUUUACCUCACUUCCAAAGUGGCCUGACUGUUUUAAAGAAUUGCACACACAUACGUAUUACCUCGGAUUUUUAGAAACCACCUAGAAAUCAAUCAGAUGAAAAAAAAAUUGUCUAAUGUUUAGAAUUUAGAAUAAGAUAUUUUUUCAAAUGUUCUGAACAUUAUCUUUUCUUCAAUAUGUAAUUUUUAAUUAUGACUAUUUUAAUGAUAACAAUGUCAGUUUUGUGAUACUGCAUUGUUUCAUACAAAAUUUAUAUUGCAUUAAUAAUUAUCACUUUUUUCUGUGUUCUGAGGCUUUAUUUAUCAUUAAGUUUCGUUCAUUUCAUUUGGCAUCUUUUAUGUAGUGGCGUCUUUAUGUCCUAGCUGGUUGUGCCUACCGUCUUCCUGCAGUAUUUAUUUUCCAGCAUAAGCCUUUAAUAGAUCAAUAAAGCAAUAAUUGAAUGGCAAAUAAAAGUUAAUCCGUGCUUAUUAAUCAGGAACAAAUAUUCUUUGCUUUCUUUUCUAUCUUUAAAAAAAUAUAGUGCCGUAAAAAGGUAAAUUCGGGACCUGGUUUGAUAUUCCAGAGACCGAGAGAUCAUCAGAUAAAACCAUAUUUAUUUAUUACAAUUUAUCAAUAAUUUCAAAUAUAAAUAUUUGGUUAUGAUUAAUUUUAAUUGUAUAUAUGGAUUUUUUUUAUCCUCUUUUGUUUAAUUGGUUGAUAAACUGAGAUUUUUGACUUUUGAUUACAGCAAAUCUGUUUCGAAAAUAUUUAAUUGCAAUAAAUAAAUACUUUUUUGUAAAAGUACUUUUAUACAUUAAAAAUCUAUGAAUAAUUAUUAAAUUAAUAUAAUUUUUAAAAGUAAGGUUUAUUAUUUAAAAAGCAAACUAUUAUAAUUUUAAAAGUUAUAUCAUCCCUAAAGAAAUGAUAUGUGAUACUCAUUGCAAUGAAUCCACCACUGAAGACAAUGUACUCAUUUUUGACGCCAUUGCAUAAACGAUUCAUUUUCAUUUCCGAAGUGUAUUGUAAUGUUUUGUAUGCUAUUUUGAAGUAUUAAUGUUCAUAAUUUGAUCUUUUUUUUUAUAUAAUUCGAAUAUCCAUAUUUGAAUACUUUGAUAUCCUUGAGCCACCUGUAUGAUUUAGGUUUUUGUAAAUAUAUAUAUAUAUUACGAGAAACAAUAUUUAAUGUAUAUUGUCCUUUUCCGAAAAGGAAUUGCCAGCCAAGCUGUCAGUUGCCAGUAAAGCACUUGGCCGAGCGCCGGUGAAUUCAUUUCUUUUUGAAUGUGUUUGUCAACUUUUUAGUAUGUGUCUGUAUGUGUGUGAUGUGUCAUUGUACAGUGUAGCAUAAUAUACCUCAAAGGUACGUCAAGGUCGGGUUUAUUUGUUUAUGCCGAGACUUGCUUACCGUUUUGGGGUUGAGUUUUGACGAAAUUUAAAAUCUGUUCUACUGCAAGGGAUUGCUCUGCUCUCGGCCAUAUCGCGAUGUGAUAGCAGAGUUUUGGAGUCGCAAACGUGUUUAAAUGUUUUGCUCAAUUCACGAUAUAUAUUGUUACAUUACUAGUCUUUUGAAUUUUAAGCAUCUUUGUUUCAUCUAGUAGCAUAAUACAUCAUUAAAUAAAUAACGUUUGCGACAGUAUUAUUUUGAAUAUUUGGUGUAAGUAUUCGUUUGCACAUUUGUAUAACAAUCAUUACGUAAUGUUCAAUUUCAAUGAUAUUUUUUUUGUGACGAUACAGUAUCUAAUACAUCGAUUUUAUUCAAGUUUUAGCAAAAAAAAAAAAAAAAAAAAAAAAAAAAAAAAAAUUCGAAUAAUAUUGCAGUAUUAUGCUGUUGAUUCAAUAGAAAGGUAUAGAUUUCACCCGAUUUUAAUUUUCAGUAUAACUAUUUUGAAAGGCAUUAACAUUUAAUAAUCAAGAUUUUAUCCAUUAAUUUUAGAAGUAAAAUAAAUAUAAAAGAACUAAUCAUUAAUUUCUCUUCUUGAAAAAUCAUAUUUUUAUUUACCUUAAAAAAAACUUAUUUAUCGAUCUUUUUACCAUUUAUAUCAUUAAAUUAAGAAACAUUAAGAGCAUGUGUACUUAAUAUUAUGAAUUUUUUAACGAAUAAUAGUUUUAUUUUUCAAAAAUAAGUAUUUUAGUUAUGUAUUAUGUUUUGGGAAGAAACAUUUUCAUUAAUCAUUUUUUAAUAGUCAUUUUCAGUGAAAAGUGUUUUUUAAAUAAUUUUUUUUCAAAUUUUGAAGUAAUAAUCAUUUUAUAAUACAUUAAAUAUGACUUAUCCACUAAUUAAAAUAAUAGAUUAUUUACAAAUAAGCAUUAUGUAGUCUAAUUAGUUUCAAAUGAUUUCCAUUUUUUCUAUUAAAUUCAUAAAGGAAAUUAUUAAAUAAAAUAAGGUCUAUAUGUUUGAGAAUAGAAUUAUAUUUAGUGAAUGGCGAGUAUCCGUAAUCCCUUGCAGCUCUCGUUGCUUGUUAUGUGAAAUAUUUCCUUGAAUUUACUAAGUGCCGUUAGAUGUUGAUUGUUUUUUCAAAUUGCACUAAUUACAUUGUUUGCCUUUAUCUUUUGUGUUUUUUAAUUUAGUCGGCAAAGUAUUGUAACACACUAGGUUGAAUGUCUUAGCAAUGACUUCAUUAUUAUUUUUUUUUUUUAAUUUUCAGCUUUUCUUUGCCAGUAUUAGCGUUCAAUUUUUUUCCCUUUAACUCACACAUGCAUUGAUUGUGUAUAUUGAUAUGUUGUGAAAACAGAUUUUAUUUAUGGAUGGAGAUUUAUAAAUUAAAAAUGCUUGUAAAACA